UCUACUACAUUCCAGUCAUUAAUUCAACUCUGCUCUCCUCGAUAUCGUCAAAUAAACAUUUUAUAAGAGACAAAGUGGAUGUCUCCAAAGCAGAUCUCAAAGCAAAUGUCCCGCAAUGCAAAUACGUCGCCCCGCCCAUCUGUGGGCGUGACCAGAGUCUAUCCUAAGCGCAAAGCGAACAGAGAGAAUAAUACUUUACAGGCUGAAUCACAAAAGCGCACAACAGUCUUCAGUCGCCGCGGUAGAUGUGCGACUCCAAACGGGGGCACAGUGACUGCGACCAAGAAGGGGCAAGAAAACACACACAGAGGGGGAAUGCCAGCCAAAAGCAUGAACUCCGAUUUGGAGUUUGACUCUUUGCAGCCGUGUUUCUACCCGGACGAGGAUGACUUUUACUUCUGCAGACCAGACGCCGCACCGCCCGGUGAGGACAUCUGGAAGAAAUUCGAGUUGUUGCCCACUCCUCCUCUCUCCCCGAGCCGGGCAGCGCUACCGGGGGAGCCGGGGGAUCUGGGUGCGAUGGGUGGGGAUUGCCCGUUGAUGGAGUUUGGAUUAACUGACCCGUUGGACUGGGCUUCCGAACUACUGCUCUUACCGGAGGACGACAUUUGGGGGGCGUCAGACGGAGACCUCUUCGGCUCCGUUUUGGAUGCUACGGACAAUUCCAUCAUCAUUCAGGACUGCAUGUGGAGUGGCUUCUCCGCACGGGAGAAACUGGAGCGGGUGGUGAAUGAGAAACUCGGGAAAGCCGUCUCUGUUCCUGCUGAAGUCAGUAAAGUCGCAAUAGUCAAGGCGCCGGAGGAGAGCCACUCUAUACCGGAGUGUGUGGACCCUACUGUGGUUUUCCCUUAUCCCGUCAACAAAAGAAACGGGAGCAUCAGCAGCCAAAGUGUGCCACAGCUGAGGACGCAGGACUUGCAGUCAGUCAGUGCGGAUGAGACUCUGAGCGACUCUGAUGAUGAUGAUGAUGAUGAUGAAGAUGAUGAUGAUGAUGUUGAUGAUGCUGACGACGAUGAGGAUGACGAUGAAGAAGAUGAAGAGGAGAUUGAUGUCGUCACAGUGGAGAAAAGGCGUUCAAACACCAGCAGGAUAACCAACACUGGCCUGUCCGUUUCUAACUCUCAGGCAUCCGCAGGAGGGCGGUCGGGCACAGGGGUGAGCAAAGCUCCACAGGAGUUAAUUUUGAAGAGGACAGCGGCGGCCUCUAUCCACCAGCAACAGCACAACUACGCAGCCCCGUCCCCUGACCCGCAAGACGUACCUACCGCUCCCCCUAGCAAGAAACUCCGAAUCGACAACAGCACUAACAAUCUACGCACUGGCAGAAACCAAAACUCUUCCCCAAACUCCCCCACUACGGCAGCGCCGGCUCAUCGGAUCAGAAAGAGCGACACCAGCAGCCCACGAGGCUCGGAUUCGGAGGACAGCGAACGACGGCGCAACCACAACAUCCUGGAACGCCAGCGUCGGAACGACCUGCGCUCAAGCUUCCUCACUUUGCGUGACCAGGUGCCCGAGCUGGCUCACAACGACAAGGCGGCUAAGGUAGUCAUCCUGAAAAAGGCCACGGAGUACGUCUGCUCCCUGGAGGCACAUGAGCGGAAACUCCAGCAGGAGAAAGACAGAUUGCAGGCCCGACGACAACAGCUCCUUCGCAGGCUUGAUCACACCAGGACGCGCUAACGGCUCAUAGCUAACAGUCGAAUGGCUAACCCCUCUGGCUAAGAGCCUGGCGUAAAUUCAAGGGACACUCACUGCUGACACUUUUUUUGCACAUUUUUUGACGUCAAGAAUGUUUCAGGUUUACUUUGUCACCCCAAUCGCACGAUAAAGAAACAAUGAGGGAAGGGAGCGAAUGUGAUGAACUUUAUUCUACAUAUUCCCCUCAAUAACGAGAAAACACGACAGGUAUCUUUAUAAACAGAGCUAGUCUUUAAUAUACAUAUAUAUAUAUAUGGUUGAUGGACUUUGCAUUUACUCUCUUCCUUCAAAACAGACAAUAAUGACUGACAGAGUCUUUCUUUUUCAAAUGGCUAUAAUCUUUCACACCACCCUCACUGGUGCUGAAUCUCAUGGAUGUACCUCUACGCACCUUGAUGUCGGACACUUUUGUAAAUAGACUUGAUAAAGAAACAUACACUCAGUUUGCCUUGUUUUUGUAUACGAUGUUGUCUUUCGAUUUUUAUAAAGAUGACAAAGCUGCCAAUAACUAGACUGGAAGUUUAUAUACUGUACCUUUAACAAGUACUGUAAGACCUCAAUUUUUGAGGAUUUUUGUAAUAUAAAAGGACACAUUGUUUUGUUUCUUCGGUCUUAUAAUCUCUUUGUUAUGACAUGCUUUACUAAUUCCUACAUAUAUGCUUUAGUGUGCUUCUGAUACAUACUAAAUCUGAUACUUAUAUUUUCGUAUGAAAAUGAGUUCCGAGUAGAUAUCACUUUAUCUUGUUUUUAUCUCUUUCUUACCUUCAUUUCUUUUGUACAGAAAAUUCCUUUUCUAUCUCCAUUUAUAAGACGUUUAUUCUUCGCUGUCUUUCUCUUACUUUGUUUAUAUAUUUGUAAGUAUUGGGUUCAUAGAACUGGGUCAAUCACUAAAAAAUGUUUUUUCUCCUUUUCUAUAAUGUACAUUUUAGUGCUGCAACUCACAGCACUUCGAAAUACCUCAUUUUGAAAAAUAAAUAGACAUUUUGAAAACAAAAGAGCUUGUUGUCAAAGGAUGAGUGCUUCUUUAUCACUUUGUAGUAAGUGUGUGGGAGUCCUGUCAGGUAUUUAGGGUAUGACAGCUAGUAAGAUAAAACAAUACAUUGAACUGAAUGUCAGGCAUGCUUGAAACCCCUUUGUGAGUGCUAAGAUUUAUUUCAAACAGCUUUAAAAUAUCUCUCAUGACUUUCAAAGGGCGGUAAGUUAAAUCUUUAAAGGAAAAUCUGCAAAUGUCACAAAAAUAUCACUCAUUUGAAAGAUGAAAAAUAACUCAAGGUCUCUAGUCUUUCCUUUCCGAAAUGUAAAAUGGACAGCGUGUUUCUCAUAACUUUUCACAUUGCAUUUAUUAAAAAUAAUUGGUAUUAUGAAUAUACACCGUUAGAAAAAUGAGUCAUGCAAGUUUAAUAUCAAUAUAGACACAAAUAUUUAAAUU